CGUGCUGGGGGAGGGGGCGCGAGUGUCGCCCCAUGCCCCGCCCUGGGCGAACACUGACUCGACGGUAUCGACCUCCCCGUGUGUGCGACGCCGAUAACCUCACUGUCAAAAGUGCCCCGACGGUGUCAAGUACGGUCCGGCACCGAGAGUCCGGCGCCCACCACCACCACCACCGCCCGCCUGGCCGCUGAACGUCCGCGCCGCGACUCCUGCUGCACGGAAGCCACCCGGGCUGCAUGAGGGCUUGAAGGCUCGCGGCAACUGAACGCGUCCGUAUUGACAACAAGAGAAAAGGGGAAAGAAAAAAAAAAGUUUGGCCAAAGGUAUCGCAGUCAUGUCCGGACAACCGAGCUUUGUGAACCCGUUUCACAGACCCCGCUGUUUGGCCGCCGCAGCUCCGGCGGGGAAAGCCAAACUCACGCACCCGGGCAAGGCGAUUCUGGCAGGUGGGAUUGCAGGAGGCAUAGAGAUCUGCAUCACCUUCCCAACAGAGUACGUUAAAACACAGCUGCAGCUGGAUGAAAAGGCAAAUCCUCCCAAAUACAAAGGCAUCGUCGACUGCGUGAAGCAGACGGUGAACAGUCAUGGGGUGAGGGGCCUUUACAGAGGUCUAAGCUCACUGGUGUACGGCUCUAUACCCAAAGCAGCUGUCAGAUUUGGGAUGUUUGAGUUCCUCAGUAAUAAGAUGCGUGACGAGAACGGUAAACUGGACAGCAAGCGAGGAUUCCUCUGUGGCCUUGGAGCUGGAGUUGCAGAAGCUGUGGUCGUAGUCUGUCCUAUGGAGACAGUAAAGGUCAAAUUCAUCCAUGAUCAGACAUCAGCAAACCCAAAGUACAAGGGAUUUUUCCAUGGGGUGAGGGAGAUUAUUCGAUCUCAAGGACUGAAGGGGACUUAUCAGGGCCUAACAGCCACUGUACUGAAGCAAGGCUCCAACCAGGCCAUCCGCUUCUAUGUCAUGACUUCACUGAGAAACUGGUAUAAAGGCGAUGACCCCAACAAAGCCAUUAAUCCUAUGAUAACUGGACUGUUUGGAGCUGUUGCUGGUGCUGCCAGUGUAUUUGGAAACACUCCCCUGGAUGUCAUUAAAACCAGAAUGCAGGGUCUCGAAGCUCACAAGUACAAAAGCACAAUGGACUGUGCCGUCAAGAUCAUGAAGCAUGAAGGACCAAUGGCGUUCUACAAAGGUACUAUUCCUCGGCUGGGUCGGGUGUGUAUGGACGUGGCCAUAGUCUUCAUAAUCUAUGAGGAAGUCGUGAAGGUCCUGAACGUGGUUUGGAAGACAGACUGAAAUGGACACCCCAGUGCUAAACAAGCAGGAGUGAUAGGACAGGCCAAUGUUUAACCAGUCUCCGUAAGCACUGCUUCUAGGUUCUAUUAUCUACCUCCGAGUAAUUUUCAGAAAAUAAGAAAGGGAUUGGUAUAUUCUUGAUUAUAUUUAUAACACAGCAAUUGCAAGUGGAAGCAUUAUCUGCAUGAAAAAAAGCUCUAGAUUGCAGAGUCGCUGUUUACACUUGCUCUUUUUUCUUCAAUCAAUUCCAGAAGGGGGAAGUUCAUUAAGAGCUCAGGGAAAGGAACAGGGCAUGGGAAAUGGGAAAUGGGCACACUGUCUCACCCACAGCUCUUUUGAUUUCAGUCACAUUAAUGCUGUAUGUACUUAAUCAAAAAGAAACCAAUACCCGACCCAACAUAAUGUGAAUCAGACACUAUAGACAAAGAAAUUAUACUUGAAAAUGAGAGACUAUUCCAGAGACCAAACAUUUUAAAGCCCUCUUUAUAUGCAACAAUUUAGAUUUUUUUUUUCUUUUUUAAAAUACUUUUUCAAAACCAUUAUUUCAGUCAGUACCUGAUGGGAUCAUUCAUAUUCUGAUAUCGAAUCCUGCAGAGGUUAAGGUACAUUAAGAACUAAAUGCCUUAAAUGUGUCAAGUGUCAAAUUAAUCUCGCAAUGUACGAUCCAUAUGGAGAUGCAGCGUUUUAAAUAUGUUGCAUAUGUUCUCAACUUAUUUAGAAAUGCACAUUUCCACAAAGCAGUGGCUGAGGUGGUUUAGAGGGUUCACUUUUAAGUUGCAGAAAUGUUUUAAUCAAUUAACUUACUAGACUGAUGCUAUAAAAAGUGCCUAUGUAUUAUAUGAUCCAUUCUGAGAUCUUUUGAGAUUAAGAGUGAUUGAAUGUUGUAUGUACUUAGUCACUACGGAUUUUUUUUAAUAAUGUACUCAGCUGCACACACUGCACUGGUGCCAGAUGUUUAAUUCCAGGCAGCAUUUGAGGAAUAACCGAGAUGAUCCAUUCAUCGUAACUGUUAGUAUGAAUUUCUUGCUUCAAAGUUUUUAAAUUUCCUUCAAUGCAUAGAGAUGCCUGUUUGAUAAAUUUGCCAUAAUUAGUGCCUUCAAUCUCAUUCCACGGAGGAUGAAUGGUUUAGGAUAGAUUUUAAUGCAGAUUAUCCGAUUCUGUUUUUUUAAUUUUUUUUUUUUUUAAACUAUAUUAUAUUAAUUGCCUUUAUAUUUUACAUUAACUUACAACCUAAUGUGCCAACUGCUGCUCAGAUAUAUAAUGCCAUGUUAUAAACUGGAGUUUGUAGUUUGUGAGUCUGGCAUGUUUACAUGCAGUGCAAUGAAUCCCCCCCCCCCCCUUUUUUUUUUUUUCUCAUCACAGUCUCUGUGUAAGAUGCACAAUGUUUACUCUGAGCUACCCUUUUCAGCUUCAUGUUAAACUGCGCCUCACAUACAUGUAGAGCUAUCUCACAGAUAUUUAAAUAUUUUGACGUUUUCAUGUUAUCAAAUGAAGAGCAUUCCUGUAGCUAAACCCAGUUUUGUGCCUUCAGUCUAAAAUAAUUCUAAUAUGUAUGUAUGCUCAUAAAUAAACAUUGGA